ACCUGGUCAAACCAAAUCUUACAUCCGUCUUGUCGCAAGCCUGCCCUCUGUGCUUUACUGUUGAACCGUUUACUGAGAUCUUAAGCCAGCUGUACGCUUGUUUUACCUUCAUUUCUAGUUGUGUCUUCGACUUAGGAACUUAUUUUUAUACCAUGGACUUAUGUGGUUAAUUUUAGGAAAUGAACAUUAUGUCAAGGACUUAAGUGAUUUUGUUCUCUCCCACCGUGGGCCAGGAAGGAUUGUUUAUGUUCUCUCCAGUGUAAUUGUAAAAAGCCAUGGCCACAUUUAGCGGUGAUUAGAAGCAGAUCAGGUCGUCAACAUGUCUUCCUCGGGCAACAUAAUGGAUACAUCUACACCAACUACAACUACAACAAUUCCAAUAAACACGACAAACACUACGGUCGCAACAAAUCAGAGUGUUAGCUGGGUGACCCAUUUUAUAACACCAGCACAUUCUGUACAAGACAAUGACACGACAGGAAAAAUUAUUGCCGUUGUCGUCACGUUGAUUGCUGUUGUUGCGGCUCUUGUUGCUCUUUAUAUCUACUUAAGGAAAAACGGCACACUGGACAGGCUGCCGUGUCGGAAGUACACACGAACACGGAGGUCAUCGACUUGUAGCAGCAGACGAGCUCUGGAUGAACCGGAUGUGUUUGAGACUGGGCACAAUCCGAAACCGGAAGGUGACGUCGAGGAGAUGUUCACCAUCGAUGAUUACGAGGCUCAGGCUCAGAAUGAGGCUAAGGAGGAAUAUUUCUACGACGAGGUGUUCGGGCAGUCCCAGUUUGAGGACGAGGCGACCAAGAAAGCCAUGAGCCAGCUGUACAUGGCCCGUGAGACGGCAGAAGAAGAAGAAAUCCUUGACCUAGAUUUUGAGACGCUGGGAAUCAAAAUUGACGACAGCAGAUUUGAUGUCAAUAGAAAGAAUACAAUAUGAGUGUAAAAGCUCAACUUCUAAGGAUUAUAUUUCUGGGGAUUAUUGUUUUAAUUUAUGCUGAGGCUAUGGAAUUUUUUUUCCUGGGAUUGUAUAGUGGACAGUCCGAUUGCUACAUUUGUGCUAUGCUGUCCACUGAUUGUAUAGUGGACAGUCCAAUUGCUACAUUUGUGCUAUGAUGUCCACUGAUUGUAAAGUGGACAGUCCGAUUACUACAUUUGUGCUAAGCUGUCCACUGAUUGUAUAGUGGACAGUCCGAUUGCUACAUUUGUGCUAAGCUGUCCACUGAUUGUAUAGUGGACAGUCCGAUUGUUACAUUUGUGCUACGCUGUCCACUGAUUGUAUAGUGGACAGUCCGAUUGCUACAUUUGUGUUAAGCUGUCCACUGAUUGUAUGGUGGGCAGUCCGAUGCUGUCCACUGAUUUUUGAAGGUGAUUGACACAAUCUAAAAUAGACUUCUGUACCCACUGAUAGAAUCAGCAAAGACAAUUGGAUUACCCUACAGAGUUUUCUACUGUUGAUUUAAAUUACCUCUAUAAUUGGUUGACCAUUGGAUACUCUACAACAUGUGCUACUGUUUACUUAAAUUACCUGCAUAAUUAGUUGACCAUGAAGUGUCAAUCAAGAUCAGCAACGACACGGAGGGGGGGGGGGGGGUUGACCCACUUUAAGGACAGCACAGUUGAUGAAGAACAUGCAGCUAAAAAGUGGAGAGCAAAAAAUGUGUCCAGCUGACUUAGUGUGAUGUCAUUUGUGUGUUUUUUUAUCGUGACAAUUUUCAAACUCAAUUCCGGUUUGAUUUUAACCAACAUAACUUGAAUUUAUUAUAUUUUAUUUUACCCAAGACCACAAACCAGUAGUUUUUAUUUAGAUUAAUUUCUACUAGUGCUGUUGACAAUAUCAGUAAUCUUUUAUUCUCCUGUAAUGUUGAUCAGUAGAUAUAGCUUUAGUUUGGAUCUAUUGCCGCCAAAUAUAAAAUAAUACAUGUACAUAAAAACCAACGAAGAUUAUGAAUCCCAUGAAAAAGUAUAAAAAAAUGCAUAUAAUCCGCCUGCAAUUAGGUGUUAUAAUAGUGAAAGCGAUUAGGUGUUAUAAUAGUGAAUGAGAUUAGGUGUUAUAAUAGUGAAUGCGAUUAGGUGUUAUAAUAGUGAAUGCGAUUAGGUGUUAUACUAUUUUGAUAACAUGACAGACAGUUUGAUUUUUUUAAGACAAGAAAAGCAAUAUAAAAAAAUUAUAGGGAGACAAUUAUCAAAUAUCUCCAUGUCCUGUUUGUUGAGGCUUUUAUACUUAUGCUUCCUGUUAACGCCAUGUACAGGAAUUAUUUGUGUAAUAACAUGUUCAAAGCGAUAACCUAUGUCUCAUAUACAUUUUUUGUCUAUAGUCGAAGUAUCAUAUACUUAUACAUACAUUUAUUAUGUUGGAGAGUGUGAGAUUUACACACCGUAACAAUGGAGAAAUGUUGACGUGGAACGUUCUAGAAAUUGCUCGUCUGUUUGCAUGCAGUUUGGUUCUGUUAGUGAGUUGAGCGGGCGAAACACCCAUUUGUAUUAAAAGAGUUCACCAAAUUCACCAACCUCCUUAAAAGAAAAGUGGAGUUAAACCAAAAGAACUCAAUUAAAAAUUUAUGAACGAAAACAUGAACAAUUUGGGUGAUUUAAAAAAAAAUUGGUUGUUGUUGUUGUUGUGAUUAUUUACUUAAAUUAAUUUGUGUUAUAUACAUUUUCUGUAUAAAUUCUAAGAUGAACUCUGCUUGGCAUGACAAAAAUGACAGGAAGCGAGAAUGUGGCAAGCGUUGAAUGAUGACUAGAACUAUUGUUCAUGAGUACAGCAUUAAGAUUUAACCCGCCAUUUUGUUUGAUUGUCCAAUGCAGCCAUUAUUCAAAUGUUACAGUUUUUUAUAUUCUCAAAAAUAUUCCAUAUUUAAAUUUACUUUUUUUUUAAUUUUUACUUGGCCAUGUUACUAUUGUGUGUUCUAAAAUAUAUUGAUGAGCAAUAAUAAAAGAAAAUAAACCAAGUUCAACAUAAAGUUGAAGAGUAUAUUCACUAACGAUUUGUCUUUUAGAAACAUCUCAUUUAAAAUGGGGGUGGGGUGACACCAAGACGGACGAUUGU